CCUCACCCCACCACUCCCUAGGUACGUUCCAGACCUACGCCCUAAACGCAAAUUUUUACCUUGACGUUUAUUUAAUGACAUCAAAUGUAUGAAACUUAUGUCAAAUUUGACAUUUGUUGGGCUUGAAACAGUGGAUUGGAACGCAGCUAAAUUCUACUUUCAUUUUCAUGUUUGUUUGUUGCCCAAAUGCCCAUGAAAUGAGUUUCUUGGAGAGACUUUUACAGUUUAUUGAAAUUCAUCACAGCAGUGGACUGGGUCUUUAUAUAGUUCGUUAAUAGUUAUUUUUUUUUGUUAUUUAAGUAGGUAUCUAUCUAUUUCACCAAAACACGAUAAUAACAGGUACUUAAAGAAAAUGUUUCUUACUUUAUUCCUGAAGUAAGAUUCAAACUCAUCUCAUGAUGAUGACUACCAUGGCUUCGGGCGGUCCAGGAGACCCUCAUACUCAAAUGAACACCUACCGUAGUUAUGUGACUAUGCUAGCAGAUCCUGGUGCCAAGGACGAGAUCAAACUCAAGGCAGCACAGGAACUUUCCGAAAAUUUCGAGGUAAUAUUAAGUUCUCCACAAUACCCUCAAUUUCUAGACCAUUCAUUGAAAAUUUUCCUGAAAAUACUUCAAGAAGGUGAGCCUCAUUUCAUUGCUGAAUACAACAUCCAGCAAGUAAGGAAGCUAAUACUGGAAAUGAUCCAUCGUUUACCAAUAAACGAAACAUUAAGGACAUAUGUAAAAAGUAUUUUAAUUCUUAUGUUAAAAUUGAUGGAAAUUGAAAAUGAAGAAAAUGUUCUUGUCUGUCUGAAGAUUUUUAUGGAACUUCAUAAGCAGUAUCGUCCUGCUUAUAGCACAGAAGUUGAUAUACAUAAGUUCUUACAGUGGGUGAAAGGAAUUUAUUCAGAUUUGCCAAACCACUUACCCAAAAUUUUUGAACCAAAACCUACUAUUAGAGUAAAGGAUUUAUCUGAGGUAAACAUUGAACAGCUACUGCAAGAAACCUAUACUACUACACCAAUACACACGGAGAAAAAAUUGCUAGAUGGUAGUGUUGUUACAUACAAUCUCAUCCCUAGAUCAGUACUAUCACUUAAGGUAAUUCAAGAGUUACCAAUUAUAGUCGUUCUUAUGUAUCAGUUAUAUAAACAAAAUGUACAUCAAGAGGUUAGCAACUUUAUACCUCUCAUAAUGGAAACCAUCACUCUACAGCCAGCUGCUACGCACAGGCAAUCAGCAUCAUUUAACAAGGAAGUUUUUGUCGACUUUAUGGGAGCACAAAUCAAAACUUUAGCUUUUUUAGCAUAUAUAAUAAGGAUAUACCAAGACACUAUAGCCAAUCAUGCUAAUUUAAUGGUGAAAGGUAUCAUUGGCUUGUUGACAUUAUGCCCACCAGAAGUUGCUCAUUUGAGGAAAGAACUGGUGAUAGCCACGCGUCAUAUUCUCGCUACUGACUUAAGGCUUAAAUUUGUGCCCUAUAUGGAGCGUCUUUUUGAUGAAGAUGUAUUAUUGGGUGGUGGUUGGACAGUGCACGAGACUCUCAGACCACUAGCGUAUUCUACAUUAGCUGACUUGGUGCACCACGUGCGACAGCAUUUGCCAUUAUCGGAUCUGGCAAUUGCAGCGCACCUUUUUUCAAAAAAUGUCCAUGAUGAAUCUCUUCCAACAAGCAUUCAGACAAUGUCAUGUAAGCUGCUGUUAAACCUGGUGGACUGCAUCCGGCAGAGGUCGGAGAGCGAGGGCGCCGCGGCCGGCGCUCAGCCGCACGGCCGGCAGCUGCUCAUGCGCAUCCUCGAAGUGUUCGUGCUCAAGUUUAAGACCAUCUCCAAGCUCCAGCUGCCGGCGCUUAUGGCCAAGUGCAAACAAAGUACGCCUGCCACUGCGAGUACUACAACGGCUGGAGCCACACCUAGCACGCCAACCACACCGGCGCCAGGCACCCCCGCCGUCGAAAUAAAAAUGGAAGAAGAAAAACCGACGCCAGACUUCUUAGACAGCAUGUCGAAACCAGAGGAGAAGUCCAAAAUUGGUUUUCCUUCGUCACAGAUGAACAAUUUGAACGUGGGGGAUUAUAGAACGUUGGUGAAGACGUUGGUGUGCGGGGUCAAAACUAUCACUUGGGGCUGUGCAUCUUGCAAGACUACGACUGCAACCGAAGGGGCCUCGACUGCUACGAUUGCUGGUCAGAAGCAGUUUUCCGCGCGUGAGACACUAGUUUUUAUAAGGCUGGUGAGGUGGGGGCUGCAGUCUUUAGACAUCUAUACGCUGGCUGCCCCCCGCGCCCCCGCCACACCGCCGGCGCAGCCGCACGUCCGAUCGAAAGAGGAGAAGGAGGUGCUAGAACAUUUCAGCGGUGUAUUCUCCAUGAUGAAUCCUCAGACAUUUCAAGAGAUUUUCACGGCGACGAUCUCCCAUAUGGUGGAGAGAAUAAACAAAAAUAUGACAUUACAAAUUAUAGCGAACACGUUUUUAUCAAAUCCAGCGACUUCCCCGAUAUUCGCCACAGUUUUAGUUGAAUAUUUACUAAAAAGAAUGGAGGAGAUGGGAUCCAAUGUCGAGCGAUCCAAUUUAUAUUUGAGACUCUUUAAGUUGGUUUUCGGUUCAGUUAGUCUGUUUCCAACUGACAAUGAGCAAAUGUUGCGCCCUCAUUUGCACAACAUCGUCAAUAAAGCCAUGGACUAUGCUAUGACGGCUAAGGAGCCAUACAAUUAUUUUCUUCUUUUAAGAGCAUUGUUUCGAUCGAUUGGUGGGGGCAGUCACGAUUUAUUAUAUCAAGAAUUCCUGCCGCUUUUGCCUAACCUGUUGGAGGGGUUGAAUCGACUACAGAGUGGUCUUCAUAAACAGCACAUGAAAGAUCUCUUUGUAGAACUAUGCCUAACUGUGCCUGUGAGACUCAGCAGUCUAUUGCCUUAUUUACCUAUGCUUAUGGAUCCUUUGGUAUCGGCUUUGAAUGGAUCCCAUACAUUAAUAUCGCAAGGUUUACGCACUCUGGAGCUCUGUGUGGACAACCUUCAACCAGAUUUUUUGUAUGAACAUAUUCAACCAGUAAGAGCAGACUUGAUGCAAGCACUCUGGCGAACUCUGCAAAACAACGAGGUUGCAAGGAUAGCAUUCAGAGUUUUAGGGAAGUUCGGUGGCGGUAACCGUAAAAUGAUGAUAGAACCACAAAGACUGGAGUACCGUGAGACAGACGCACCGCCACCGGCUGUCCAAGCAUAUUUCCAAGACCAAUCUAAACCUAUAGAUUUUGAAGUAGAUAAAGUAAUAGAGACAGCCUUUUCUGCGUUAAAGUCUAGCACAACGGAUCCCUUCUAUAGGAGGCAGUGUUGGGAAGUGCUUCGAUGUUAUUUGGCUUCAUCAUUAAAUCUAGACGAUGAUAGACAAAUUCUUAUGAAACUCUUUAACCAUCCUAGUUUUACAGAGGGAAAAAUUCAGACCCAGAGUGGUCCUUAUUACAAAUGUGCAAAUAGUAUAGUGAGAAACACACAUCGGACGGCACUGACUGGAAUGUUUGUGGCGGCGGCUAUUAAAGAGUUGCGUCAUCACGUGCUACCGACAAUGGUGUCUUUAGUGCGCCAUUACACUAUGGUGGCGAUAGCUCAAGAAGCUGGACCGUUUUCAAAUACCGGGGGACCUAAAGAGGGUCUGGACGCUCUGGUUCUAGUGGAUGCUGUCGCAGUAGUGAUGGGCCAUGAGGAAAAAGAAUUAUGCAAACCGGGUCACCUUGCCCUCGUGCUUAUGAUAGAAACGGCUGCCACGGUUCUAGGCAGCAAAGAGCGAGCUUGCCGCCUACCUUUGAUGGAGUACUUAGCUGAGCGCAUGUCGGCUCUUUGUUACGAACGAGCUUGGUAUGCGAAGCUGGGUGGCUGCAUCGCUGUGAAGUUCAUGGUUGAGAAAAUGGCGCCUGAGUGGGUCUACAAGCACAUAUUUACGUUUUUGAAAUCGGUCCUGUUUGUCAUGAUGGAUCUUACCGGCGAAGUGUCGUCAGGCGCGAUAGACAUGGCUACUGUUAAUUUGGAGCGGCUGGUGCGAGUUUGUGUGACGGGGCCGGCGACACCGUCCUCUGAGUCGCCCGAUCCUGAGGUGGCGGCCGCGAAGGCCCGCGCCUUGCAUGAUGUGCUUCAGGAACUAGUCCUGCAAGUGACUAGUCCACACCUACUUGUGCGUCAACAGGCUAUGAAAUCGUUAGAAUUGAUAGCGGAGUUACAAAAUAAGACCGUUACCGAUGUAAUGGAUCCGCACAGAGAGGUAUUGGCGGAUAUUAUUCCGCCGAAGAAGCAUUUGCUCCGUCAUCAGCCGGCUAAUGCACAGAUGGGUCUUAUGGAUGGAACCACGUUCUGCACGACCUUGAAACCUCGACUAUUUACAAUUGACUUAUCAAUAAACGAGCACAAAGUAUUCUUCCGAGAGUUGCUUUCACUUUGCGAAGCGGAAGACGCUAUGUUAGGCAAGCUGCCAUGUUACAAGGGCGUUAACUUGGUGCCGCUGCGCGCGUCGGCCCUAAAAGCACUGGCUGCCUGCCAUUACAUACAAGAGAAGCACUGCAGGGAGAAAAUCUUCCAAGUGCUUUACAAGUCUUUAGAAAAGAAUGAUCAGGAGUUGCAGCAAGCUGGUUUCGAAUGCAUGCAGAAGUUCCUCUCUGGUUUCCAAAUAGACAUGGAAAUGGUCCACCCGGUAAUGAGGCCGCUUCUACUCACCUUAGGUGACCACCGUAACCUCAGUGUAAACGGUGCCAAGCGACUCUCGUACUUAACGCAACUGUUCCCUUCGACGUUCAGCGAAAAAUUGUGUGAGCAGUUGCUGCAGUUGCUCAAGAAACUUCUGGAUUAUUCUAUUCAGACUAAUAGAGGUGGAAACUUCCUUCAGAGCGUGUCAAAGAACAUGGAGAACGAACAGAAGAUCAUAAUUCUGAUCGGCAUAUUUCACCAGAUACCAGCCGCGUCUCCGCGCUUCAUUGAUGUGUUAUGCCGGUUGAUCUUCCACACUGAGAAGUCGCUUAUGAUCGAAGCUGGUUCUCCUUUCAGGGAGCCGUUGGUGAAAUUCCUGCUAAGGUAUCCCAAGGAGACUUUGGAUCUGAUCUUGAGCGACAACAACAUCAAAGAUCAGCAAUGGAGUCGUUUCCUGGUAUUCCUUGUCAAACACCCGGAAGCUGGGUCAGUUUACCGCGAAGCCUUGCAGACGGCCAAGAAGCCGCGGCUGAUGCAGCUGCUAGCAGCGAGCACGCAGCCCGACCGCGCCGAAAUGCAGUUCCAGGCCGUGCGGGUCAUCUCCCUACUCAUUAAAUACGAUGACCAGUGGCUGUCUACGCAGCACGACCUCAUUGAACUGCUCAAGCGGAUCUGGUGUAGCGAUCAGUAUCAUGAAAGCCAUAAAAAAGUGGAGAAUGUUGACUGUACUCAUUGGAAGGAACCAAAAUUGAUUGUGAAGAUACUUUUACAUUAUUUUACCCAUCAUCCAUCUAACAUAGAUUUGUUGUUCCAAAUGCUGCGGGCAUUGUGUGACCGUUUUGUUCCUGACUUCCAAUUUCUGCGAGAUUUCUUAGAAAACACCGUUGCCCAAAAUUACACUGUAGAAUGGAAACGUUCGGCGUUCUUUAGAUUUGUGGAGCAUUUUGCUAGUGACGCCAUGUCUCAGGAUCUAAAAGCCAAGGUUCUGCAAAUGAUCUUGAUACCGUGCUUCGCUGUCAGCUUCGAGAAAGGACAGAAGAUAGUUGGUGGUCCACCAGCACCGUAUCAAGACAAUCCUGAUAAUGUUGUCUCCGUGUUCAUUAACAAUGUGAUCGACCCCGAGAAUCCAUUUGCGUGUUCCGACGCAGUACGCAUAUCGCUGCUGCAGUUCGCUUGCCUAUUAUUAGAGCAGGCUUCUGCUCAUAUUCACGACGCGAACAACAAGAAGCAGGGCAACAAAUUAAGGAGGCUCAUGACCUUCGCGUGGCCCUGCCUGCUUGGCAAGAACUAUGUUGACCCGGCUACUAGAUAUCACGGACACUUACUUCUCAGUCACAUUAUAGCGAAGUUUGCGAUACAUAAGAGAAUCGUCUUACAAGUAUUCCACAGUCUAUUGAAGGCUCACGCUGUGGAAGCGCGUUCGGUAGUUCGUCAGGCGUUAGAGAUCCUCACGCCGGCGAUGCCGCAACGCAUGGAGGACGGAAACACGAUGCUCACGCACUGGACCAAGAAAAUCAUCGUCGAGGACGGACACUCGGUGCAGCAGCUGUUCCACAUACUGCAGCUAGUUGUGCGUCAUUACAAGGUUUACUAUCCAGUGCGUCACGCAUUAGUAGGGCAUAUGGUGGCAGCGAUGCAGCGGCUUGGUUUCUCGGCCACUGCAUCACCUGAACACCGCCGCCUCGCUGUCGACCUGGCCGAGGUUGCACUCAAGUGGGAGCUGCAGAGGAUACGCGACCAUACGCACGAUGACACAGUGGGCUUAGAAAGCAAUUGGCGUCAGCAGGUGGCGACAUCCCCGAGCGGCAGUAUAAAGCGCAUAUCGGGCGAGGAGGGCACUUCGGAUGCGCGCAAGGCGUUGAAUACUGGCUGGGCCAGUCCGCAGGCGGCGGUGUCGCGACUUGAACCCGACGCGGCUAAACCGCUCGAUAGGCAGCACGUUGACGUAGUCGUCAACCUACUACUUAGGCUAGCCUGCCAGGUGAACGAAGGCACAGUGGGGGCAGCUGCAGGCGCGGGCAGUGGCGCUGGAGCCUCCCCGGGCGAGCAGCUGUCCCGGCGCUGCGUGAUGCUGCUGAAGGCGGCGCUCAAACCAGACGUGUGGCCGCACCAGUGCGAGCCCAAACUGUCGUGGCUGGACAAGGUGUUCUCAACGGCAGACAGCAACGCCGCGGCCUGCGCUAACGCUUGCACUGCCUUAGAACUUCUCGUGUUUUUACUGGGUGUGUUGCGAAGGGAGCAAGCCCUAGCAGCUCUGAAACCAUUGCAACGCGGCCUGGCGGCUUGCGUGUCCUCCACCAAUGCUAAGAUAGUGCGCCUUACGCACAAUCUACUGGCGAAGCUGACGGCACUCUUCCCCACAGAACCUUCGGGUGCUGCUCAAGCUUCAAAGUAUGAGGAACUAGAAACGCUGUACGCGUGUGUUAGCAAGUACGCCUUUGAGGGUUUAGCGACAUACGAAAAGUCAGCAGCCGGCGGCGGUGCCGGCGCUCUGUUGGGGCCUCUGAUGAUGCUGAAGGCGUGCUGCACCUCCAGCCCCGCGUACAUCGAUCGCCUGCUGCUGCCGCUCAUGCGCGUGCUGCAGCGGAUGGCGCGCGACCACGUGGCGCCAAAUCCUGACACCGCUACGUCAGACCUGCUGAUACUUGCUCUGGAUCUACUAAAAGCUAGAGUCUCGGUUAUGCCAGUUGACACAAGGAAGACGUUCAUUGGAACAGUCCUCGUUGGGUUAAUAGAAAAGACGACCGAUGCCAAGGUUAUGAAAGCGAUCACACGCAUGGUAGAAGAAUGGGUGAAGAACCGUAGCGUAGCGGGAAGCGCGGCGCCUUCCCUUCGCGAGAAGUCUAUCCUGCUCGUCAAACUGAUGCAGUACGUCGAGAAACGUUUCCCGGAUGACCUGGAGCUCAACGCGCAUUUCUUGGAUAUGAUCAACUAUGUGUACAGAGAUGAGCACUUGAAAAUGACAGAGUUAUCCAUGAAGUUAGAGCCGGCAUUCCUGGCUGGGUUGAGAUGCCCGCAGCCAAAUAUUCGAGCCAAAUUUUUCGAAGUUUACGACCAAAGCGUCCGUAGACGAAUAUUCGACCGGCUGCUCUAUAUCAUAUGCUCGCAGAAUUGGGAACAUAUAGGCCAACACUUCUGGAUAAAGCAGUGUUUGGAACUGUUGCUCGUCACCUGUGUAGCCAGUACACAGAUUCGGUUAUCCAACACAAAGUAUCUACUACCUAACAUAGGAGCAGUGAUUAACUGGGCGGAUAGUGAAGAGCGUAAAUCGUUCGUUAUAUUCAGCUCAGUGAAAGAGGAGUCAUCCGAUGGAUUCAGCGAUUCCAUCGACCCGGAUAAGGAGGACGUGCUCGAUAUGGAUCUCGAUUCUAGUUCUAAUCAGAAAGAAGACGUCACUAAAAAUGCUCCCAAUAGACAACGCGCUCUAACGCAAAUCAUAGCUAAACAAGCGGAGUUCUUAGAGUUGGCACGGCGCGUGCGCACAGAACAACUGGUGGUAGCGGCGGCUCAGCUCUGCCAUAUGGAUGAUUCUUUAGCACACCAUACUUGGCUGCGGCUAUUCCCUAGGCUUUGGAGCGCAUUAGACGAGAGACAAUUAUCGACCGUAAUGAACGAGAUUGUGCCGUUUAUUAUAUCCGGCGUUCAUGUGAUACAACGCGAUCAACCACUUAGCGCCCUAAACACCUUCAUCGAAGCUUUGGCACGUUGCAAUCCACCGAUAAGCAUUAAACCGCCAAUGAUGAAAUACCUGGGUAAAACCCAUAAUCUGUGGCACCGCAUGACGCUUAAUCUGGAACAAAUGGCCAUCGAUCAAGCAAGCGGCCGCGCGCAGCGAGAACCCCUUGAGAUAUACGACUACGACAUCGAAACUACUACUCCGACAGAAAUACUCGAUUCUUUGAGCGAUAUGUACGAACUACUGCAAGAAGAGGACAUGUGGUCGGGUUUGUGGCAGAAGCACGCCCGCUACCGGGAGACGAACGUCGCUAUCGCGUACGAACAACAAGGCUUCUUUGAACAGGCCCAGGCUGCGUACGAUAUCGCUAUGGCAAAACUGAAACAAGAUUACGCCUCGAAUCCGUCUGCUUACAAUAUGCAUAAAGAGUGCAACCUUUGGACCCAACACUGGUUAAAAUGUGCAAAAGAACUGAACCAAUGGGAUUCAUUGCUGGAGUUAGGACUCACUAGGAGCUCUCGAGAUCCCUUCCUGAUUUUGGAAAGCUCUUGGAGGAAUCCUAACUGGCCGACAAUGAAGGACGCUCUGGCCGAAGUUGAAUACAACUGUCCAAAAGAAUUAGCGUGGCUGGUGAAUCUGUACCGCGGCUACUUGUGCAUCUGCGCUGGCGGCGAGCAACAGCUGACUGGCGUAGAAAGGCACGCGGAGGCGGCCGCGGCGCAGUGUCUGCGCGAGUGGCGCCGUCUGCCGCGCGUCGUGUCGCACGCGCACCUGCCGCUGCUGCGGGCCGCGCAGCAACUGAUGGAGCUCAGUGAGGCCGCGCAGAUACACACCGGGCUCCUACACAGUCGGCCAACUUCGUUGCACGACAUGAAGGCUAUAGUGAAAACUUGGCGUAACCGCCUGCCCGUAGUGGCCGACCCGCUCUCCCACUGGGGCGCCAUAUUCACGUGGCGCCAACACCACUACCAGUUCAUCGCGUCGCACUACGACUCGCAGGCGGAGCACGCCUCCAAUCACAGCAUGUUGGGAGUGCACGCUAGCGCACAGGCUAUUAUCCAUUUCGCAAAGAUAGCGAGAAAACACAAUUUGUCAGGAGUAUGCUUGGAUUCGCUGCAUCGUAUAUACACGAUACCGAGCGUACCGAUCGUAGAUUGUUUCCAAAAGAUACGGCAGCAGGUCAAGUGCCACAUACAGAUGUCCUGGACUGAAGGGAAAGAAGAGUUACAGGAAGGGCUCGACAUGAUAGAGUCCACCAACUUCAAGUACUUUACUAAGGAGAUGACAGCGGAGUUCUAUGCCUUCAAGGGGUUGCUUCUGGCUCAAUUGGGACGAUCAGAAGAUGCUAAUAAGGCGUUUGCAGCGGCUGUGCAAUUACACGAUACUUUAGUUAAAGCGUGGGCGCUAUGGGGCGAUUAUUUGGAACAGAUAUUCAUCAGAGACCCGCGACAGACGACCGUCGGUGUGUCUGCGAUGACCUGCUUCCUACACGCGUGCCGUCACCAGAACGAAUCGAAAUCCAGGAAAUAUUGUGCAAAGGUGCUAUGGAUGCUGAGCUUCGACGACGAGAAGAACAGCCUUGCGGAAGCUUUGGACAAGUACUCGGUGGGCGUUCCACCCGUACAGUGGCUGCCGUGGAUUCCGCAAUUGUUGGCAUGCCUCGUACAGUAUGACGGGAAUGUUAUACUUAACCUGCUCAGCCACGUUGGGCGCUUAUACCCGCAAGCAGUGUACUUCCCCAUCCGCACCCUUUACUUGACGCUGAAGAUCGAACAACGCGAGAGACACAAGACCGCCGAAAACAUUGCAGCACACUUACCACAUCAGCCAGCCACCAAUGCCGGUGGCAGUAAGGUGAACGAGGCAGCAUCGUCGGCGAGCACCUCCGCGGGCGGCGAGGCCGGGCCUAUCAAGGCCACGCUCCCCAUGUGGCGGUGCUCUAAGAUCAUGCAAUUACAGCGCGAAAUACACCCCACCGUGCUCUCCUCGCUCGAGGGCAUUGUAGACCAGAUGGUGUGGUUCCGCGAGAAUUGGUACGAGGAGGUGCUUCGGCAGCUGCGCGCGGGCCUGGCCAAGUGCCACGUGGUGGCGUUCCACCACCGCGCCGCCGUCGCCGACGCCACCGUCACGCCGCACACGCUCAACUUCAUCAAGAAGGUCGUCUCCACCUUCGGCAUCGGUAUUGGCAUCAAAAGUGUUUCAAGUUCUGUAAGUGGUGCAUUCUCUUCAGCUGCAUCGGAAAGCCUGGCUCGUCGGGCGCAGGCAACUGUGCAAGACCCCGUCUUCCAGAAGAUGAAGAGCCAGUUCACCGCUGACUUCGAUUUUUCACAACCUAAUGCUAUGAAAUUACAAAAUCUCAUACAAAAAUUGAGGAAAUGGGUCAAGAUACUAGAGGCCAAAACAAAAGUUCUGCCCAAGUCAUUCCUCAUUGAAGAGAAAUGUAGGUUCCUCUCGAACUUUAGCCUGAAAACUGCUGACGUAGAGUUACCCGGAGAGUUCCUACUUCCUAAACAUACCCACUACCAUGUGAGAAUCGCGAGGUUCAUGCCUCGCGUUGAAAUCGUACAGAAACAUAACACGUCGGCGCGCCGGCUGUACAUACGUGGACACAACGGAAAAAUAUAUCCGUACCUAGUAGUCAAUGAUUCAGGUCUGGGCGAUGCCAGAAGGGAGGAGCGAGUCUUACAAUUGCUUAGAAUGUUAAACCACUAUCUGGGCAAGCAGAAAGAGACUUCUAGAAGAUUCCUUCAUUUCACUGUACCACGCGUCGUGUCCGUAUCGCCACAGAUGCGACUUGUCGAAGAUAAUCCUAGUUCAAUAUCAUUAUUGGACAUUUACCGCACCGAAUGCACUAACAGGGGUGUGGAAUAUGACGCUCCAGUAGCACGUUACUACGAGCGAUUAGCCGCAGUCCAAGCCAGAGGCUCACAGGCGUCACAUCAAGUGUUACGCGAUAUACUGCGAGAGGUCCAAGCGACAAUGGUCCCUAAAGGCAUGGUGCGAGAAUGGGCAGCGGCUACAUUCGCGGCGCCCACCGACUAUUGGACGUUCCGCAAGAUGCUGACGCUGCAGCUGUCAUUGGCCAGCUUCGCAGAGUACGUGCUGCAUCUCACCCGCCUCAACCCCGACAUGAUGUAUGUGCAUCAAGACUCGGGUCUGCUCAAUGUGUCCUACUUCAAAUUCGACGUGGAUGACACCACGGGAGAGUUAGAUGGCAACAGACCAGUACCGUUCCGGCUGACGCCAAAUAUUUCAGAGCUGAUAACGUCUAUUGGCAUCACUGGACCUCUCACUGCCUCGGCUAUCGCUGUCGCCAGAUGUUUGGUCACUCCAAACUUCAAGAUACAAUCGAUACUGCGGACUAUCUUACGUGACGAGAUGGUAACUGGAUAUAGAAAAAGAUUAGAAGAUAAGUCAGGAAUGCCCACAGCGGGCACAUCAUCCGAAAAUAAACCAAUGGAGAUGGAUAAUGAAACGAUCAUCAACAUGGUGAACAAAGCCGUCACUGUGAUUAUGAACCGGCUCAAUUCUCUCGCUCAGUUUGAUGGACCCGAUAGCAAGGUGGCGACGCUGGUGACGGUGGCCAAUAGCUACGACAAUCUAUGCCGCAUGGAUCCCGCUUGGCAUCCAUGGCUCUGAAUUUAUUGGGCCUUCGACCUGGAUAUUUUGAUAUUAAGAAUUAAUUAAGUUUUAUGUUUUAUACCGUAAGUAUUCUGAUUUUAUGCAUUUAAGUUUCGUGGUGUUGUAAUAUUUUUAUUUUACAACCAUACAAUGUAUUAUUGUAUUAUACACGUAAAUUGAGUUUAUGAGCCUCUUUAGAUUAAGAGAAAAUUAUCAUGGAAUGUAAUUAGACAAUUAGAUUUCUACGUGCGUGUAUUUUAACAUGUGAAUCAGGUAUCUACGACAUUGUGAUCUCUUGUACUGAAGAAUAAAU